AUGGGUCUUCUCACUAUUCCCAGCAAUGUGACUGAAUUUCUUCUCUUGGGACUCAUACAAAAUCCACACGUGCAGAAAAUACUCUUCAUUUUCUUUUUCUUCAUUUUCCUAUUUACUGUGUUGGCCAACCUGUUCAUUGUCGUCACCAUCUCCAUCAGCCCCACACUUUCUUCUCCCAUGUACUUCUUUCUCACAUACUUGGCCUUCAUAGACGCCUUCUUCAUUUCUGUCACUACCCCUAAAUUAAGCAUUGACCUGCUGCAUCAGAGGAGAACCAUCUCCUGGGGUGGCUGCCUGACUCAGCUUUUUUUGGUACACUUCCUGGGAGGAUCAGAGAUCAUAGUCCUCAUUGUCAUGGCCUAUGACCGCUAUGUGGCCAUCUGCAAGCCUCUGCACUACAUGACCAUCAUGCGACAGGGGGUCUGUCAGCUCCUGGUGGUGGUGGCCUGGAUCGGGGGGAUCCUACAUGCCACUGUGCAGAUUCUUUUCACGAUGGACUUCACCUUCUGUGGUCCCAAUGUCAUUGAUAACUUCAUGUGUGAUUUCUUCUCACUAUUGGAAAUUUCCUGCAGCGACACUUACAGGCUUGGAAUUGUGGUUGCAACGAACAGUGGGGUCAUGUGCUUGCUCAUUUUUCCCAUGCUAGUCAUCUCCUAUAUAGUCAUCCUGAGCUCCCUGAAAUCCCAUGGCUCUGAAGAACGGCGCAAAGCCAGCUCUACAUGUGGCUCCCACUUUACAGUAGUGGUGCUCUUUUUCGGUUCUUGUAUAGUCACCUACACGCAUCCUGUGGCAACCUACCCUGUGGACAAGUGA